AUGGUGGCACUCUGUAGGACAUACGAUCCCUUGAAGGACCAAUUGGUUCUGCAGGAAAUGCAGCUGCCUAGUUGCAUUCAGCCACAACUCAAUCGUUCCUCAGCACUGCCACAAGACCCUCCACCGAAGGACGCGACAACCUCCGUCGCAUCCGACACAGCCACAAUCCAUCAUUUACAGCAAGCAUGCAACCUCACGAUCGAAGACCAGGAGGAAGCUACGUCUACUAUGCAUCCAUUACGAGAAAUCAGGUUCUCUUCUCUCCAGGCCUCCACAUGGGAGACAACAGCAGUGAAAAGAAGACCGAUGUCGAGUACUACCAAUCUGGAGGCCAGAUGGGCAACAGCAGUGCUGUCUACAUACUCUAAACCGCCUCCAAACCAAACAAGGUCGGAGACAUGGCAUCUUGUUUUUCAAAAAUUCCUCCUCGAUCCGAAGACCAAGGAGAGCGGUCAAACUAGGUAGUUUUCAACUAGCAAAAACACGGUCUCGGAUGUCUCCUCACUGACACGUGUAAAACCCGUGCACCAGGAUGAAGAAAGAAAGAAAAAAAGAUUCU